AUGGAGGCAUAUCAGAAGGUUGCAAUUUUGAUGCUGCUUCUUGUAGCCAUAAGCAGUAACAUCGUCGAGGUGUUGAAUGCACAAACCAUAUGUAACAUUUCCGGUACGGGUCUGAUGGCAUGCAGGCCAGCAGCUACACCCCCGAACCCACCGCCUCCCUCGUCCGCCUGUUGUUCUGCGCUCUCACACGCAGACUUACGCUGCCUUUGCUCCUACAAGAACUCCAAAUUGUUGCCGUCCCUGGGAGUCGACCCAAAUCUUGCCAUGCAGCUGCCGGCAAAGUGCAAACUUCCUCAUCCAGCAAAAUGUUAA